CCCACGACAGGCAAUAUAUUCACAAUGGUAUCUACCAGUACGAUACGGCCACUUGCCGGUCGGAUGGCCCAGGCCUCCUCGACAAGGAUCUCGUCCGCCGUCCCUCAAGUUGCUCGCUUCUCCACGACCGCACCACAAUGCAAGCGCAAAACGAAGGACAACAACCCGAAGCGAGGUGUCAGUAGCUUGUAUGGUUCCGGACCCCGCGAGCCUCUGUCCAUGUCAAACAUCCCACUACCGAAGCCCCGUGAUUUCAAGCCCAAGAUCGAGGUUGACCCCAAUCAUGGUCUAUGGGGAUUCUUCCCCGGACAAGGCAAGCUGCUCGCAACACCCAAGGAAACCGAGGAGCAUGGACGGGCAUGGACUGUCGAGGAAUUGAGAAAGAAGUCGUGGGAGGAUCUGCAUGCACUGUGGUGGGUAUGUUGUAAAGAGAGAAACAUGCUUUCCACAUCAAGGGCAGAGCUCCUCAGAACCAAAGUCGGAUUCGGUGAACGAGAAAUUGAUAGCCGAGACGAGGAGGUCAUGAAGACACAGCGAGCCAUCAAGCAUGUGCUGACGGAGCGAUACUAUACUUGGCAAGAUGCCGUCGACGUUGCCAUGAACGACCCAGAGAUCAACUUUGAAGGCGGAGAUGGGCAGGCCUACACACCAUCGGCAUACGAGGAUGAAACCAACGCUGCCGAGUGGACACAACUUGGGGCAGAGUCAGAGGCGGCCAAGCAGAUCGAUCCUGUCGCAACAGAGGCACAGGAGGCCAAGAUCGAGAAGGAGCUGAAGAAAUAAUAAGAAACUACCACAUGCGAGACCAUGUUAUGUACUAUCUGUGUGACGGAAGUGAGACGGUGGUUUUUCACGAAACUCGAUAGAGAGAACGGGUGACCCUUUCGUCGUGUACAUCUAGGAUAUGUAAGAUACAGUUGACGAAGCAAAAAUGUAUAUGCGAGCACAUGAACUCUGAACAAUGACUUCUAUGU